CACCACAAGACGUCCUAGGAUUGCUUGAUCCGCAGUCCCCAUACCAAGAAAGAGGCGUAGCCCUCUGAAAUCAAUUUAUGCAUUCUUGGUAGUCCUCUGGAUAGACCAGGAUGCAACGGUAUCCAACAACAUGCGGGGGAAGAGAUGUCAUCAACCUCGAACUGUCCAAUCUUCUCUUUGUUAUUUUGGUAUCUCGUUCCCGUAGACUGGUAGUGAGUAUGCCGGGUAUGGAACCUCGAAGAUGCAGGUGCGUGCUGCAUUGGUGCUGCACAGCCUCUGCUGACAUCUUUCGUUCUUUGUUUGUGUGAGGCAUUUUUGCACCCUUACCUAAUUUCGCAAGCGGACAUAGCAUUUUGGAGUUCCAUUGCGGAAGACUACUACCUAACUAAUCCAAACCUUUGGACGGUCACGGGUGAAGUGGGUAGCUUAAGCCAUAGCUGGCUCUCGUUGAGCACAUGUCUAUGACUGGGUCCUUUUAGCUGCAAUUAUAAGAGCGAUCAUUAGAACUGCAAGACCUUCUCCCACAUCUCUCAAUCCUUUGCAACGAGACUGCGGCAACGUGGUGCUUUGCGCUCUUCUCCCUCACCUUUGAAUUCCCAAGCUUUGCAAUCGCAAAACCUGCCCCCUUGCAAGAAUUUCUCGCAAAAAUUGUCUCCUCUCCUCUUUUCUACCCACCUUGUGUUUACUUCCAUUUCUCCCUACCCCUUGAAGCCAGGUCUUGUAGCAGGUUGAAGAACUGUCACGGUAGAGAUGGUUGAAUUUGCAGAAGAUGAGAAGCAACCUGCUUCCCGGAUUCAUUUUAUCCCUGAUGCGGACGUAGAAGCAGCUGGCACAAGGUACGCCAAAAUCUGGGUCUCUCUCCGUUAUCUAUCCUUUCUGGUGGUAUAUUCUUCGUGCUUUCUUGCAGAAAUCAAAUCUGGAAUUCUCAUUGUUCAGACGAUGCGCUGCACAACUUUUAUUUUGUAUCAAGCAACAAGCUAAUGCUGGGAUCUCAACAGACGCCCAGUUCUUCAUCGUUCAACUUCGAAUAUGUCCAUAAAUAGCGUCCAUAGUAGAAGAGGUUCAGUCGACCCAGCUUCUGUACUUCCAAUUCAAUACAGAACUGUUUCUUUCCAGAUUGCAGAGUCCAAAGAGAAGGAUGCUGCUGAUAAACAAAAAGCCAAGGAUUCCGCCGCCAAAGGUAAGGAAAGACCAACGAACUCGCAUACCAUCCCUGACAUUAUACUUACGUCCUCCAGAAUUUGCGAAUCUCGAAUGGCAUACAAUCACUACAACAGAAGCAUACAUCCGUCUCUCCAGCUCCCCCACCCAGGGUCUCUCAACCGAGCAAGCUAAGCGACGUCUCACAGAGUAUGGCAAGAACGCCCCAUCCCCACCCCCAACUCAUCUCUUCCAACAAAUACUUGGUUACUUCUUCAAGGGCUUUGGAUCAAUCCUCCUCGUAGGAUCAAUCCUCGUCUUCAUUUCUUGGAAACCAUUAGGACAACCACCCGCACAGGCCAAUCUGGCUCUUGCGAUCGUGCUCCUAGCCGUGUUUUUCAUACAGGCGGCUUUCAAUGCGUGGCAGGACUGGUCUUCGUCUAGAGUUAUGGCAUCCAUUUCUACGAUGCUGCCGGAUAGUUGUUUGGUACUGAGAGAUGGGUCCCAGGUUGAGGUUUUGGGGAGUGAGAUUGUGCCGGGUGAUGUGCUGUUCUUGAAGAGUGGGAAUAAGCUGAGUGCUGAUGUUAGGUUUGUGGAGAUCUCGACGGAUGCGAAGUUUGAUCGCUCCAUUCUUACUGGUAGGCUUUUGGCAUAUUCCUUCACUUGUGUUCUUUAGAUGUAUGAGUAGCUGACUUGGUCAUAGGCGAAUCCCUUCCUUUGCAAGGCACGGUCGAUAGUACAGACGACAAUUACCUGGAAACAAAGUGCAUUGGAUUACAAGGGACUCACUGUAUCUCAGGAUCCGGAAUGGGUCUUGUGGUUUCGACGGGUGAUGCUACUGUCUUUGGGAAAAUCGCCAAAAUGACCAACGCUCCCAAGACUGGGCUAACACCACUUGAGAAAGAAAUCUUGAACUUUGUCAUCAUAAUCUGCUCGAUUAUGAUACUUAUGAUAGUCAUCGUCAUCAUUGUUUGGUAUGGAAUAAGUAGCAAAGGCCUCCAAAGUACAGAUUGCUGAUUUAUUCCAUGUAGGGCUGCUUAUCUGCGAAAAGAACAUCCAAAUUGGAUUAAUGUUCCAACAUUGAUCGUUGAUUGCGUGUCGGUCGCUAUCGCGUUUAUCCCUGAAGGACUCCCUAUUGCUUUGACUGCGUCUUUGACUAUUACUGCCAAUCUUAUGCGUAAGAAUAAGAUUCUUUGCAAGUCGCUGAAGACAGUCGAGACUUUGGGUUCAGUGAGCGUUAUUUGCUCUGAUAAAACUGGUACACUUACAAAGGUAUAUCCUCGUCUCCUAUCAUAUAAUCUGUAUACCUAGCUAACGAGCGCCAGAACAAAAUGUGCGUCACAGAAUGCACAAUCGGUCUCCAAAGCAUAGACCCCCAAAGCGCCCACGACGAAAUGCUACAACGCCACAAAGAAGGGGGUGGGAUCAACUUCGUCGACCAACUACGAGCCAUAGCCGGACUUUGCAACUCGGCUGAAUUUGAUGUCUCCACGAAUCACCUUCCUCUUCCUGAACGUAAGAUCAACGGAGAUGCUACCGAUCAAGCUGUUCUACGUUUCUCCGAGUCUCUUGGUCCAGUUGCUGAAUUGAGACAGAUGUGGAAGAGAACUUUUGAAUUGGCGUUUAAUAGCAAAAAUAAAUAUAUGAUUAGGACUUUCGAACUUGCCGAGGACAAGGGACUGGAGGUUGCGCUACCUAGUACCGAGGCCGCGACCUUUAGAAAUGAUGAUAUGUGCGUCCUCUUCCUCUUGCCCAGUAAGGAUUUUGCUAACAUUUCAUAGGUUGUUAACCAUCAAAGGGGCGCCUGAUGUUUUGAUCGGUAGAUGUACCAGAUACACCACCGCUCUAGGCGAAAGCCAAGUUCUUGACACAGGCACACUUGCCAGAAUCGAAGAAAUCAAGAAUACAUGGUCUUCGCAAGGAAAACGUGUUAUCCUGUUGGCCCGGAAGACAGUUCUGAAAGAGCAGAUUAGGGAAAUCCCAACUUCUGCGCUUUUUGAGGACGAGGUUAUGCAUCAUGCUCUGACUGGAUUGACAUUAGUCGGAAUAGUAGGCAUCGUCGAUCCGCCACGAGAUGAAAUUCCUUCUGUCGUUGAGACCCUGAGAGGAGCUGGAAUUAGAAUAUUCAUGGUACGGUACUCCCCCUACUCUGAUGCAGGAAUCAAAAUUUUGACAGAAGAAACUUCAGGUAACAGGAGACUUCGCCCUUACUGCCCACGCGAUAGCAGCAGAAUGUGGAAUCAUAACUAACCCACCACACCUCGUACACACCAUCGCCUCCCUCUCCCGCACCUACGCUCCUUCCAUAACCUCACUCUCCAAAGAACCCCUCACCGACAAUGAAGAACCCGAGCCAGACAGAACAACCUCAAUAGUCCUAAGCGGUCCCGAACUCAUGACCCUGAACGAAAACCAAUGGGACCACCUGACAACCUACAACGAAAUAGUCUUCGCGCGCACCACCCCCUCCCAAAAACUCCGCAUCGUCCACGAAUUCCAACAACGCUCCGAAAUCGUAGCCAUGACCGGCGACGGCGUAAACGACGCCCCCUCACUGAAAGCAGCAGACAUAGGAAUAGCCCUCGGCUCCGGCUCCGACAUCGCGAUCGAAGCCGCAGACAUGGUCUUGUUGGAGUCGUUCUCCGCGAUCGUCGAAGCGGUCCGCUAUGGAAGAGUCGUCUUCGACAACCUCAAAAAGACGAUUGCGUAUCUCCUCCCCGCGGGCUCUUUUUCCGAGUUCUGGCCCGUGAUGACGAGUGUGAUCUUUGGACUUCCGCAGGUGCUUUCGUCGUUCUUGAUGAUUAUCAUUUGUUGUUUUACGGAUUGCGUUGCGGCGACGGUGCUCGCUUAUGAGGAGCCGGAGGCGGAUGUUUUGCUGCGGGGACCGAGGAGGGUGGGAAAAGAUAGACUUGUGGAUUGGAGGUUGAUUGGACAGGCAUAUGGGUUUAUCGGUGUGCUGGAGACGGUGACGAGUUUUGCGAUGUCGUAUUGGUAUUUAGAGAGGAAGGGGAUUCCGUUUGCGAGUUUGUGGUUUGGGUAUGGGACUUUGCCUGCGGAUAUCUCGCAAGAGUACGCUAAUGAGAAACUGGCUGAGGCGAGCUCAAUCUACUUUGUCAAUCUUGUCGUUAUGUAAGUCUUCCUCCUCCCUUUAUCAAUACAUAAUCUAACUUACCACAGGCAAUUCUUCACCCUCCUCGCCCUCCGAACCCGUCGUCUCUCUAUCUUCCAACACCCUCCCUGCUUCAACAAGUCCACACAGAAUCUCUACAUCUUCCCCGCGAUCCUAUUCUCCUUGGCCAUGGCUUUCUUCUGGUUGUAUAUCCCAGAGCUGCAGGAAACUUUGGGAACUAGUGAGGUGCCUGUUGAGUAUUGGUUCCUACCCGUUGCUUUUGGAAUUGGAAUUCUAGUUUUGGAUGAGGGAAGGAAGGGAGUGCUUAGACGGUGGGGGUGGGGUGCUUGGUAGGGGUUUGUGUGUUUUGGACUUUGGGUGUUGUAGUUGCGAUGAGUUAGUAGAUGAAUAAUGAUAGAAGAC